AUGGGGUACAAUAACCAGCGUGACAAGGCGUUCAACACGGUGCCGCCUGUCGUGGAUGAGCUCAGCCGAGGCAUGUAUCCGAUGAGUGUGGAUGGACUGGGGGACGACCCCAUGCCACUGUGGUUGAUUCUUGCGGCGUCGCUCCAUCUCGAUGUUGUCAGGCUUCUUGGUGAUGAGAUUGAUCAUCCGUGGUGCGAGAUGGUAGCCUUUGACCCCCUUGUGUGUCAAACCAUCAAAGACCACAGACCUCUUCUCGACUUCCACCGCGAUGAGAUUUCCAAAAGGAUAAAACGCUCCGGGUCAUGGGAUAUCCUCAUACUCGGCAUACUCCAGCAGCGGGAAUUCAAGCUCACGGGAUAUCUCAGACGUCGCCUGUGGAAAACGCCGCCACGAGACGUGCUGCCCGUUGAGGAUUUUCAAAAGCUGAAGAGAAAGCUCUUGGAAGACGUCGAGUACCGGAAGACGUUGCUCUUCACCGACGAGAUGAGAGAGGAUGCGAAGCGGCAGCGGGUGAUUUGGUUCGGCGUUGAGAAUCCGAGGUGA